AUGUACCCAGCAGUGUAUAGUUUACAUUUACAUCUAGAGGAUCAACAUCCAGUUACUUUCCGAGCAAAUGAUGAUCUAAUCAAUAUUGUCAACUUAGAUCGUUCUAGAAAAUCGAUGUUAACAGAAUUUUUUGCAUUAAAUCGAGUAGACGAGAAUGCAAAGAGAUUACUGUAUAAAGAAUUUUUAGAAUAUUAUGUUUGGAACCAACAAAACAAAGAUUGGACUCCUCAGAAAAAGAAAACUGUUAUAGGCCGUAUUGUUACAGCAAAUCCAUUUGAAGGCAAAAGGUAUUAUCUACGGAUAUUGCUAAACCAUGUAAGAGGACCUUUGUUAUUUGACGAUCUCAAGAUAGUUGAUGGUGUUGUGGCUCCAACAUUUCGCAAGGCAGCAACAAUGCAUGAGUUGCUACAGAGAGACAGUAGCUUAGAAGAUUGUUUACAGGAAUCAUCUUUAUAUCAAAUGCCAUCCAGUUUGAGACGGUUAUUUGUAACAAUAUUGGUUUAUUGUAAUCCAACCAAUCGGAUGGAGCUUUGGAAACGCUUUGAGCAAGAUAUGUCAGAUGAUUUCAAAUCAACAGAAGAUUCUAUAUCAAAUGUAAGAACUCAAGUAUUGAAGUCAAUUUCUUUUACAAUUGAAUCAAUGGGGAAAGACAUUAAUUCCUACCAUCUUCUUGAUGAUGACAUUUGCUUCGAUGAAGAAGAAUUUCAAUCUAGAGAAAUCGAUGAUGAAUUGGCUGUUGAAAUUCUAGAAGAAGAUAUUGCCGCAUCACAAUCUCUUAAUAAUGGCCCAGGUGGGACAGGGAAAACAUUCCUAUACAGAGCACUUCUCGCAACAGUACGAUCAAUAAAAUUAGUAGCACUUGCAACUGCUUCAUCAGGUGUUGCUGCACCUAUUCUUCCGGGAGGUCAAACAGCACACUCACGUUUUAAGCUUCCACUUGAUACUGACGAAAGAAACACGUGCUGUGUCAGCAAACAAAUUGCACUGGCAAACCUACUACGUGCAGCAAAAUUAAUAAUUUGGGAUGAGGCUCCAAUGACAAGAAAACAACACAUAGAAGCAUUUGAUAAGAUGCUACGAGACAUCAAUGAUUCAGAUGUAACAUUCGGUGCAAAGGUUGUUGUUUUCGGUGGAGAUUUUCGACAGGUUUUACCCGUGGUUCGUAAAGGAACAAGACAACAACAGGUUAAUUCCAGUUCGGUUUAUUCCUAUUUGUGA